GCGCGCGGCGUUCCCCCAAUCAUCGCGAGAUCUGCCCGCGCGCACGGCGGAACACCCAAGUGUAUGUGUGCGCAUGCGCUUGACUUAUCAAUUUUAGCGCGAAAACAUUUUGAAACUCUAGUGCGGCGUUUGUCAACCGCGUUUGACCCUGGAGAAGGCUUGGAGGAGCCGAUAAUUCUCGUUGACCCGAUGGAUUCAAGCACACGCCACCACAUUCUUCGAAAUCUUGCAGUCACAACUCCACAUGCCUGUAUGGUCGUUCCUCCUUUCCAUUACUGUACCUCGGCCGUGAACUCUGUGAGGACGUUUCAGCGAAUCGUGUAGUAAAGGAGAGGACGUGGCAGAGCUAUUAAGGCUCUAAAGCAGAAAUGAAAGAGCUUUAUGGGAAAGAUAACCCUGGGAGCGACACAAAGGAAUAAAUCUGAAGGGCCAAGAAAAAAAAAAGUUUUAUUUUUACUGGAGACUGAGAAAGGAUGUGAAUUAAGGAUGUGUGGGACAUCUGCACAAGCAGUGGAUUUGGGCAUGCGGCAUCUGAAAGCAAGCAGGCUCUGAGCCAAGGAGAAAGCAGAGGACAGAUAUGAAUGUGUUCCCAAGCUUUCCUGGUGGUUUAUGGCAUUCUCCAAACUCCUCUGCAAGGGCUGUUCCUGACCAAGAAGACCCAGGGAGACCCUCUCUGAAAUCAAGUCCAGAUGAAGAACUAAGAGGAAAAAAAUGAAUAUGGUUUUUGCUCACAGAAUGGAUAACAACAAGCUGCCUUUGGUCGUUCCCACGCUUCUGGUGCCCCUGCAAAACCACAGCUGCACGGAGACGGCUGCCCCUCUGCUGAGCCGGGACCUGGCGGCACUGUCUGGGGAGCCUGGCUGGAUGGGCAAUGGGACAGAUCUGCAGCCUGGACCGCACCCUGGGGAAGUGGCCACAGCCAGCAUUUUCUUUGGGGCCCUGUGGUUGUUUUCUGUCUUUGGAAACUCCCUUGUGUGCCUGGUCAUCCACCGGAGCAGGAGGACUCAGUCCACCACCAACUACUUUGUGGUCUCCCUGGCAUGUGCGGACCUCCUGGUCAGUGUGGCCAGCACGCCUUUUGUCCUGCUGCAGUUCGCCGCUGGCCGCUGGACACUGGGCAGCGCCAUGUGCAAGGCUGUGAGGUAUUUUCACUAUCUCACCCCCGGCGUCCAGAUCUACGUUCUCCUCUCCAUCUGCAUAGACCGAUUCUACACCAUUGUCUACCCUCUGAGCUUCAAGGUAUCCAGAGAAAAGGCCAAGAAGAUGAUUGCAGCCUCAUGGAUCUUUGAUGCGGCCUUUGUGACCCCUGUGUUCUUUUUCUAUGGCUCCAACUGGGACCAUCAUUGUAACUAUUUCCCCCCUUCCUCUUGGGAAGGAACUGCCUAUACUGUCAUCCAUUUCUUGGUGAGCUUCGUGAUUCCCUCUGUCCUCAUAGUCUUAUUUUACCAGAAGGUCAUCAAGUACAUUUGGAGAAUAGGCUCGGAUGGCCGAACCGUGAGGAGGACCAUGAACAUCGUCCCAAGGACAAAAGUGAAAACUGUCAAGAUGUUCCUCAUCUUAAAUCUACUGUUUUUGCUCUCCUGGCUGCCUUUUCAUGUCGUCCAGCUGUGGCAUCCCCAUGAGCAAGACUCUAAGAAAAGUUCCCUGGUUUUCACAGCUAUCACGUGGAUAUCCUUUAGUUCCUCGGCCUCUAAACCUACUCUGUAUUCAAUUUAUAAUGCCAAUUUUAGGAGGGGUAUGAAGGAGACUUUCUGCAUGUCCUCGAUGAAGUGUUACCGAAGCAAUGCCUAUACCAUCACAACUAGUUCAAGGAUGGCCAAAAAAAACUAUGUUGGCAUCUCUGAAAUCCCUUCCACGGCCAAAACUAUAACCAAAGACUCCAUCUAUGAUUCAUUCGACAGAGAAGCCAAGGAGAAAAGGCUUGCCUGGCCCAUUAAUUCAAAUCCACCAAAUACUUUUGUCUGAUUUCUCAGAAUUCUUUCAAUUAUUGUCAUGCACCUGUGAUUAAAAAGUUU